GGAAUAAUGCGUUUCCCAAAUUAAUGCAAUACUUGGAUCGGCCGUACAAGGAUGAAAUUUCAAAAAGCAUUCUGGAUUGUUUGAAGAAUGCUGAUACUGAUAUAAACUCCAAGCACUGUUCGAUACUGUUGUUGCUUAACAACGUUUUGAAGCCUACAAAGGUAACCCGAAUAUUCAAGCCAUCGGUUCUAGUUGCCCAAGAAGACGUGAUUCUAUUCGCAGCUACAGAUGACGACGCAUCUGCCACGUUGGACAAGUUUAUGGAAGAGUACACCAAGCAUGGAUUUCAACCGGUUCCGAAAUUAAUAGCGAUUGGCGAAAACGUGACCUCUCUGGACGGAGAGUUUCAAGUGCGCUACAAGAAUUUUACGUACCGGUUCAACACUUUGAUCAGAGCUAUCGAUGUUUUACUUAAAUGCAGUGCAGUCUUCGGAUUGGAACACUCCCGUAUAUCGAGCUCGAUUGAACCGAAUUCUUCACGAACCAUAUCAUCACCAGCUCUGCCUAAUAAUCUGGAGCAUAUAAAUCGUGCUGCCGUUGCUUUCACAUUAGAACUACAUAACGAAACUAAUAUCCAUAGAAGUGAUGUAACGACCAUCCAAAAAAACAAGCCAAUUAAACACUGAUAUUGUCCUAAAGUUAGAAGAUGUUUUAGACAAAGUUUUGACCGGUGAUGAAAACGCGCAAACUAAAUUCGAACUACGCAAGUAUUUAGAUCGUCUCAAACAACCUUUUGAUUUCAUCGAUACAGAUUACAAAUUCCUGAAAUACAUCGAAAAUCUAGGAAUUUUUCGGUUUCCUAAAACUAUUGCUAUUGAAAACCAAAAAGAUUUUUGUAAACCUACUCAAUGUAAAAAUGAUGAAAUUGUCAAAGGUCACAUUGUAUUAAUGGAUAUAGAACAUCAGCUGAAGGCGUAUUUUGAUUGCGAUGGAAUAUUACAAAAGGUUGUAACUAAUACUAUUUCCCUCGAGAAACAGUCGUCAAUAAGCAAUAUUGUCAAUGCUAACAUUUGGAAAACCGUCAAACAAAGAUAUCCUGGCGAAAUAUUGAUUCCUAUUUCCUUAUACUCCGACGAAUUCGAAGUCAACGACUGUUUAAGUUCACAUAAUAAAAAACACGUAAUUUGUGGGAUUUAUUAUUCGAUACCUACCAUUCCUGACGAAUACCGAUCAAAGUUAUGCAACAUUUUCGUGGCUGCUAUGAUUAAAAAAGUAGAGAUAAAUGAUGUUGGAUCCAGUAAGCUGUAUAACGAAGUCAUUCAAAUAUUUAAAUCUCUUGAAGAAAAGGAACUGAGUUUGAAGUGGCAGGUGAAACAAUUAGAGUGAGGUUUGUCUUAUCAAUAGUACAGGGCGACAAUCUUGGUGUUCACCAGAUGCAUCAAUUCAUGACUUUCAGCGCAAAUUUCUAUUGCAGAUUUUGCUCACGAUCACGUGAUCAAUGCCAAAGUGAUACAGA